AAACAAGAGAAGGAGAAAAGCCUACCUUUGCCGCCUCAACUUUAUAUCCUUCUCUCCUCUCUCUCUGUCUCUCUCUCUCUCUCUCUCUGAAUGGCUUCUUCUCCUUCAUUUCCUCUUGUUGGCAUUGUUCUUGUUCUUUCUCUUCUAUAUCUAGUUCUCCUUGUUCUUCUUGAAGCCAAUGUAGCUUCAUCAGCUCUUCUUGCAAGCUUGCAUCAUCACCAUCAAUUUCACAAGAGAAAGCCAUCCCUACAAACCAAUGGAACAAAAUGUGAUUUGUACACCGGAAGCUGGGUGCGUGACACGUCAUACCCAUUGUACCAGUACUCGAGCUGUCCCAUCAUCGACGCUGAAUUCAAUUGCCAGAUGUAUGGUAGACCUGACUCAGAUUACCAGAGAUUUAGGUGGAAGCCCACAAAUUGCGAGCUCCCAAGGUUUGAUGGGGUGGCGUUUUUAUUAAGAAUGAGAGGAAAAAAAGUAAUGUUUGUUGGAGAUUCUCUUGGUCGAAACCAAUGGGAGUCAUUGAUUUGCAUGAUUUAUGCGUCGGUAUCCCAAUCACAGACCCAACUCAUUCGAGGAGAACCGCUUUCCACUUUUAAUUUCUUGGAUUAUGGGGUGUCGAUUUUGUUCUACCGAGCUCCAUAUCUUGUGGACAUUGAUAUUGUCCAAGGAAAGCGGAUUUUGAAAUUGGAUGAGAUUGAUGAGAAUGCGAAUAUGUGGAAAGGGGUCGACGUAUUGUCUUUUAAUUCUGGUCAUUGGUGGACUCAUGUUGGUGGUCUACAAGGGUGGGAUUAUAUACAGCAAGGGGGAGCUUAUUUUUCAAACAUGGACCGUUUGGCUGCUUUUGAUAGUGGCAUGACAACAUGGGCGAAAUGGGUCGACGCCAAUGUAGACACAACCAAAACAAGGGUCUUCUUUCAGGCAAUCUCUCCCACACAUUACGACCCUAGCGAAUGGAGUUCACCAGUUUCAAAGAACUGCUACGGUGAGACAGAACCCGUUAGCGGUUGGAUCUACGCUGGAGCUUAUCCAGAUCAAAUGAGAGUCGUCCGAGCUGUACUUAGAGAGAUGAGCAACCCCACUUACUUAUUGGAUAUAACAACCCUUUCCGCUCUCAGGAAAGACGCACAUCCAUCGAUUUACAGUGGAGAUUUGGGACCCCAACAAAGGGCCAAUCCCGAUAGAUCAGCGGAUUGUAGCCAUUGGUGCUUACCUGGUCUCCCUGACACAUGGAAUCAACUAUUUUAUACUGCUCUCUUCUUUUAAGUUUUAAUUCCAUUUAAUUAGUUUUCAGUAACUGGAAAUUGUAUAAUUUAUAUAUUUAUCUGAUAGCAUUGAUAAGUAAUAGGAAGUUUCCAAUUGUACCGUACAAAGGUACGGGGCUUUCGUAGAAUACUUUGAUUUUUGUAUACACUGUAUCUGAUUAUUUCUCUAUUAGUUUAUGCACACAUUAAUAAGUGCAGAUCGACAUAUA